AUGUCUCCUGUCCCCUUAACUACCGUGGUCCCGUCCCGCCAUGCUCUCUUGCGAUUGGUUGUGUCUACAUUCCGGUGGAGCACUAUCUCGAUCAACGGCCGCUCCGCCUCCACUCCCACCGAUUGCCGGAGCCACCCGCCAUACGACCCUUCGAUCACAGCGGACGCUGGCUUUAGCAGCACCAAUCGAUGUGUGCCCCAAAGCCCUCUCAAACAUUCAUUUCGAGAAUCCCCCCAGUUCAACACGCCUCGGUACACAAGCGUGUUGGGGAUGCUCGUCUCGACGAUUCAUAUCAGGGUCAAUCUCCUUCAGACAACACGUCCUGCACGAGGUCUACGAAAGAUAUCUCGGCCGGUCAAUAAACCCAUCGGCACCUCCCAUCUAAAGACCAAACUCCGGAACGGAUACGGCAUUUAUACGUCUCGCGAGCACGCAUUCACCUCGAAGAUUGCACGUGUAUAA